AUUGGUUAAUCCUCCAAGUUUAGAAAACGAACUGAAAACGAAAACAGCCUCCAGUGAAUCCUGAGACGAAAUUGGGUAUUUAGGGUUUCUUUUUGUCUUCUUCCUUUCUUACAUUCCCCUGUAGUUCUCUCGAACAUGGAAUCCGAAGGACAAAAGGGUACGGUGAACCCGUCCGCAAUGUUAGCUUCUCUUCUUAGUAGGAGAGCCAAGCUUCACGAGGAGCUUCGCAACAUUGAGAAGCAGGUCUAUGAUAUGGAGACAAGUUAUUUACAGGACCCUGGACAGUGUGGAAAUGUAUUAAAAGGAUUUGAAGGUUUCUUAUCGUCAUCGAAGAACACUGCACUCUUGAAAAGGUCUAGAAAGUUUCAGCCUGAAGAUAGACUCUUUUCAUUAUCUUCAGUGACAUCACCAGCGGCAGAAGAGCUUGCAGCUGGGCGAGAUGAUGGUAGAUCAGAUUAUGGUCCUGGUCGUUCAAAAGGUGGAGGAAUUUAUGCUAAUGGACAGGGAAAACCAAAGAAGGGUAGAGGUGGGUCGAGAGAUGCAAAAAGAGCAAGGGCUUCUAGUGAACAAGAUUUUGAUUAUGAAGAUGAUCCUGACCUGACCUUGUGAUUGAAAGCUCUGCUUCCGUACCGAAUAGAUUGGUACUUGUUGCUUUCCAGUUCCUCUCAUUGAAUGUAUAUAUUCAUCUAGUCCUAAUACUUGUGAAUUUUGCACAUUUGGGGGAACAAAUGCCACAUACUCAGCCUUAGUGGAAGGCAUGGGUGACCUGCUGUGUUGCAAGUCAGCCAGGAUACAGAAAAUUUUUCUUUGCACAAGUUUUAAUUGGCUAGUGAAGAUUUGUUAGUGUUGUUGUAAUGCUGUACAGAACAAGAAAAUAAAGUUAACUAAUUUGAA